AUGGCGCUGCAUUUUAUCCGGUACGAGAAGUACAAGGGUGUCAGUGUCAAGGCCAUGACCGACAAGCCGAAGGAAGACGACAACUGUUACGUCAAGGUGAACACGCCAGGUGGCUUGGAGGACACCAAGGCGGCGAACAAGGGCGGCUUGCCGUUCACGCCGUCGAACUUGUGCAUCAAGGAUCUGGAAUACUUUGUGACGUUGCCAUCGGGUGAGGAGAAGCAGCUUUUGAAUGGUAUUACGGCACACUUUGAGCCCGGCCGCAUGGUGGCCCUCAUGGGUGCAACGGGUGCUGGUAAGACAACGCUGAUGGAUGUGAUUGCCGGUCGUAAGACGGGUGGCCGCGUCGUGGGCGACAUUAUCGUGAACGGAGAACCCAAGAACCCGGCCAACUUCAGUCGUAUUACGGCGUACUGUGAGCAGAUGGACAUCCACUCGGAGGCUGCUUCGAUCUACGAGGCGCUUGUGUUUUCGGCCAAGUUGCGUCUUCCGCCUAACUUCACGGAAGAGCAGCGCAUGAACUUGGUACAUGAAACACUGGACCUCUUGGAAUUGUCUGCGAUUUCUGGUGAAAUGGUGGGCAGUCUGUCCGUCGAGCAGAAGAAGCGUGUGACGAUUGGUGUCGAGGUGGUGUCGAACCCGAGCAUUUUGUUCCUGGACGAGCCGACUAGUGGUCUGGACGCCCGCUCGGCGCUCAUUGUGAUGCGUGGUGUGCAAUCUAUUGCUCGCACAGGCCGCACGGUUCUGUGUACGAUCCACCAGCCGAGCAUUUCGAUCUUCGAGCUCUUUGAUGGUUUGCUGCUGUUGCAACGGGGUGGUUUCACAGCUUACUUUGGUGACCUCGGAGACGACUCGGUCAAGAUGCUCGAGUACUUUGCUUCGAUUCCAGACACGAUGGAGAUUCGUCCGCAGUACAACCCUGCGACGUACAUGCUCGAGGUGAUUGGUGCGGGCAUCGGUCGUGACGUCAAGGACUACUCGGUCGAGUACAAGAACAGUCAGCUGUUCAAGUCAAACCGCGAUCGCACGCUGUUGUUGGCAGAGACCUCGGACGAGUUCAUCUGUCACUCGACGCUCAACUACACACCGAUUGCAACUGGCUUCGCGAACCAGCUCAAGGCGUUGGUCAUCAAGCAGCAGCUCACGUACUGGCGCAACCCGCAGUACAACUUUAUGCGCAUGUUCCUGUUCCCGCUCUUUGGCAUUAUCUUUGGCACGACGUUCUACCAGCUCUCAGCCAGCAGCGUCGGUCGCAUCAACUCGCACAUUGGUCUCAUCUACAACAGUAUGGAUUUCAUCGGUGUGAUCAACCUCAUGACGGUACUCGAGGUCACGUGUGCGGAGCGUGCAGUCUUCUACCGCGAGCGCAUGUCGAACUACUAUGGUCCACUCCCCUACAGUCUGUCGCUGUGGUUUGCGGAGGUGCCCUACUUGAUUGUGGUCAUCAUCCUCUUCGUUACGAUCGAGUACUGGCUCGUUGGCUGGAGCUCGAAUGGAGGCGACUUCCUCUUUUUCAUGUUCAUCUUCUACCUCUACACGUCGGCGUGUACCUACGUGGGCCAGUGGAUGUCGGCGCUCAUGCCGAAUGAGAAGGUUGCCAACGUUGCUGUGGGAGCCCUCUCGUGUUUGUUCAACCUGUUCUCGGGCUACCUGCUUCCACGUACGGCCAUGAAGGCUGGUUACAAGUGGUUCACGUACCUGAUGCCUUCCAGUUACUCGCUCGCGGCGCUUGUUGGCGUGCAAUUUGGUGAAGUGCAGGACGUGAUUGCAGUCACAAGCGAAGGUGUGACGACGGAGAUAACGGUGGCUCAGUACAUUGAAGACAUCUACGACUUCCGUCCGGACAGCCGGUACAACUUCAUGCUCGCCCUCAUCAUCAUUUGGCUGGUGUUGCAGGUUGCCAUUUACGUGACUUUCAAGUACGUGAGCCACCUCAAGAGAUAG